UACAACUCGUUUUGUAACACUGCUGGUUACGCGUGCGAUAAAAGCAUCGGUCAAAUGUUUACCUGCACGGUGUUUCAGCACAAAGACAUAUCCUCUAUAAAUUUAUAUCAGCAGCCGCUGCCGUGCAGACAGUAAACGCUACAAGCUGAGUGCACUUAACGCCGAGCUCCGUUUCCUGGUUUCGUUUCAGCCAAGCCUUAUUUGUUCAGCCAAAAUGCCCGAGGGACCAGAGCUCCACCUGGCCAGCCUGUAUGUGAACAGAAUGUGUGAAGGAGUGCUGUUCAGUGGUCCCGUCAUAAAGUCAGAGGUCAGCAAGAACCCUGAUGUGCCCUUCACCUCUGAGGCCUAUCGCAUCACAGCUGCUUCCAGAGGGAAGGAAGUGAAGCUCACGCUGACGCCCAUAAAGACAGAUGAACCAAAACAGCGAGUGAAAGCAGGACAAGUGGAACAUCCCAUGGACAUAGUCUUUCGCUUUGGGAUGUCAGGCUAUUUCCGCUUCACAAGCGAGGAUGAGCUGCCCAAACAUGCCCACCUGCGUUUUUAUUCCAAAGAGAAGCCCUGCAGAGUACUUAGCUUUGUGGAUCCACGCAGGUUUGGGAGCUGGGAGCCCAAUGGGACCUGGCAGCCUGGCAGAGGUCCCUGCGUUAUGUUUGAGUACAAAAAAUUCAGGGAGAAUGUUGUGUCACACGUGUCUGACCGAGCCUUUGACAGACCCAUCUGUGAAGUCCUGCUCAAUCAGAAGUACUUCAACGGUAUUGGAAACUACCUGAGGGCUGAGAUCCUUUUCAGGUCUAACAUCCCUCCCUUUGUGGCUGCCAAAACUGUGCUGGAAGGUCUUGGGCUGGACGAUUCAUGUCAAAAUGAGAAUCCUGUGAAAAAUGAGUCAGACGCGAAGAAGACAUCUGUAAGAACAAAAAAUAAACUGAUGAAACACCAGAUGGAUGACUUGCUCAGACUUUGUCAUACAGUUCCUCUAGAAGUGGUGAACCUCGGUGGGAAAGGAUAUGAUCCAGCCAGUCGGGACUUCUCUGACUUUGAGGCAUGGCUGCAGUGCUACUAUGUGGACGGGAUGAAAACACUCCGGGACCAUAAUGGGAGAACGAUAUGGUUCAGAGGGGAUCCAGGGCCCAUGGCACCAAAAGAUUCAAAGUCACCCAAGGCAAAAAAGUGGGCAAAGAAAGAUGAUGACCAUGAUUACACAAACAAGAAAAAGGGGGCCAAAGAAAGGAAAACAAGGAUCAAACAGGAAGGUGGGAUGAAAACGCCAAAGAAAGAAAAGGAUGCACGUCUAGAGGAAGCUGAAUCAAAGAGAAGGAAAUCUGGCGAGACGCAUGAAGUAAAUACACCCCAGCGUGAAACAAGGUCAAAUGCACGUAGGAGAAAGACGAGUAGUGUGGGAGUGACUGCAGGGUCACAGAGACGAACCAUGAGAACGACCAGGGUGAAGCUGACACUGCCCCGCAGUCCGCCUGGUGACACCACAUGAACUGGCUGCACCACCUCUGCCACUGGUUUCCUAUUGAGUUUGUUUUUUCUGUUAGUUUUAUGAUACUGAUAUACUGAACAGUAAUGAAAUAUUUGAACUUAAAUGCAUUUGACAGCAAUGGCUGAAACCUUGUCUGGAGAUGGUAGUCCAUUACAUCCCAUGCGUCCCAGUACAGAGGGACAUCGUCAAACAUGACAAACUGGUUCCCAAGGCAACCAUCAGAAAUGCUUUCCCUGAAAUCAACACAGUGCUCCCUCUUGAAUCUGGACAACUUCAAGACGUUCCCAAGGCAGAGAAUUGAACACGGCCAUGGAGCUGCCUUUUGCCACCAGGGCUUCACAUGCGUCACGCAGAAGUGCAGCACCCCCACUGCGGAUAUCUGAGACAGGAUGUGUGAAUCAGAAUGUGAAUACUUUAUUAAUCCCAGAGGAAAUGAUGGGGGCACAGCGCUCCAGAUGAACAAGUUGUGGACAAUAUAAUGACGACUAUAACUAUUAUUCUACCUGUGCCUGUGUGGUGUAUGUUCCAUUGUGUAGCUCCAGAAAGAGCUCCCCCGCCCACGUGCACAGCAGAGCUGAGUCAGCCUGCAGCCGAGUGAAAAGCUCAUCAGGAGUGGACAUCUGGACUCUGGAGAGAUGAGCACGAGCUAUGACAUCUCUGGUUAAACCUUUGUUAGUUAUUAUGACGCAAAUACUGAAUGACUCAAUGACUCUAUUGAAAUUUAAUCUACUGUACUAUUUUGUAAAAAUAACACAAUGACAUAGCUAGACAUAACUCAUCCUUUUUUUUUUACUUAAACAAGCUUGAAUCAGUCUGAUUUACACACCCUUCCCUUUAAAAACUCCUGGAAAUGACAAAAGAAGAGUCAUGACUAAAUCAAUCAAGAGAAGUGUUUCUGGAUCAUUUCUGGGCCUUGGUCAUUGUUAUUAAUGAAUUACACGUUAAUGUAAGAGACAGGAACUGACUUAGGAAGUCCAUUUGUGUCCUGAACAAGGCGCAGUCUGUCUAGCAUGAGCUGUGUGGGUCCGCCACCACCGUCGCCAAAACCAAAGAGUGCUGCGCUGUGAUUGGCUCUGCCCUUGUCUUUGUUAUUUUUCAGAGUUUUUACCAGCUGUGGGCAGAGAAAGUUCCCACUGAAUUAAAUCUUUUAUGAGAACAGACUCAGCAUUCACCGUGUUUUGGAUACUUUAAUCUAACUUACAUCUUCGACCUUGCCUUUCAUUUCGUAGGAAUUUCCAGGUGGGAAGUGAGUUAAAACUGUCGAGCCAUCCAGGCCUUCCCAGAAAAACGUGUUGUGCUUUGAGAAAGAGAAAUAAAGACUGAAAAACGAAAACCUUCAACUGUUUUUACAGACGUGCACUGUGGGAGACGUGCACUUACAGGAAAGGUGUUGACCAAAUUCCAGCUUAGCUUCUGGGUCAAAAAGUUGGAAAUGCCACAGCCCUGCAUUAUUUGCGGAAGCUGAGCAGAGUAGCCAAACGUAUCAGGAAGCCAGAACUGUGGGACAUUAAAAAAAUUCACAUUAAAUCAAAUCAAAACAAAAUCAAAAAGCCUCAAGAAAUGUAGCUGAUAACUGCCAGAAAGGUUAACUCUUAUGAGUUCAUACCUCUUUGCAAUACCUCCCAAACUCUUUGUUAAAGAAACGCUGGCCCUCCAGGAACUGCCGGACCAUGGACUCACCCGAAGGCAGAUUUCCAUCCUAACAGGCAAAUAUGUCAAAUAUAUCAAGGCAGUUUACAUGAUAUAUAGUAUUGCCUUUACUUUUAAGAUGAAGUUUACCAUUUCCACCCACGUGCCUCCAACUGGAAUGAACUGUCCUUUCUUCACAUAGUGCUGAAUUGAGGAGAAGAGUCCAGGGUACCAGCUCUUUACCCACUGGAACUGCUGGGCCUGCACAAAAACAAAACAGUCAAAACUGGAGGGGACUGCUCAGAUAUUCAGAAGCCUUACGAGACAUGUGAAGCUAUGUUAGUGUGAAAUUACCUGAGAGCAGGUAAAGACGAACUCUGGGUUCUUCUCCAUUAAACGAAUCACUGUCACCCAACUUCGGCCACAUUUUCUAAUGGUCUCCUCAUAGGGCCACAACCAGGCUAUGGGUAAAGAAUCAUAAUUAU